GUUAUAUAUUAGCAUAGAGAGAGUGUCAUUCAGAGCGAAGUGACGACACCAUCUUUUUUAUUUGGAUUAGUGCUGUUUCGCUCUUACGCAUAGUAAAGCUGCUACAGUUGUCCUCCUCUUCCGUGCCUAUAUUCACACUGAAUGUCAUCAUAUAUUUUAGAUACAAUGUGUUAGAAAGAGAUGCAGCAAACCAGUCCAUGAGAUCUUGUCGUCAGGAAGCGUGGAAGGUAGGAUCCCUCUAUGUUAAUAUAUACCUCUAUGACCAAGAAUACGAAAAAAACAAACAAUAGAACUGUCAAUAGUGUUGAUAAUAAUUUUGUGAUUUUAUUUUAUAACGUAAUUUUUUUAUUUUUGUCUGUGUCUGCAAGUGUCUGUGUCUACUUUCUACUUCUACCAAAUACAUUAGACGGUCCAUAGUAUUUGCUUCUACUCAUUCUACUGUAAUGUAAAAUAAAAUGAAAACUGGGUGUGUUUUGUUUUGUAUAGAAUGUGACUGAUUUCACUUCAUUUUCACUCUUUGGAUGUAAAAUAUAUUGGAAUUCAUAAAAUCAAGUGUAACCAAAGGGAACGAUGGAAGUAAAAGAAGAACCCAACGAGGAAACGUGUAAAAUAGAAAUAAAAUAUAAUGACCUGGAUGAUGCUCUUUUGGAUGACUUUAAAUGUGAUGUUAAGGAGGAAUGCAAUAGGCAAAGUACACAUGAUACAGACGAUUAUAUAGACUUAAAGCAAUAUCCCAAACAUACUGAAAUAGAACAACAUGGAAAUAAACUCGACCCAUUUGAAGAAAAACAAAAAACUGAAAAAGGUUAUGUCCAAAAUGAAAAGAAAAUGGAAGUUGUGGAAAAACUCAUCGAAGAUUCAUCUUACAAAGGAAAUGAUAUGACUGGACAAGCAGAAGAAAAUACAUCAAAUAGAAACAUGAAAGUUGCGAUUGGAAAAAGACCUCAUAAGUGUGAAAUUUGUUUUAGGCGAUUUAGUGAAGCAAGUACUUUGAGAAAUCAUUUGAGAGUACACACUGGGGAAAAACCUUACAAGUGUGAAAUUUGUUUUAAGCAAUUUAGUCACACAACUUCUUUGAAAUUACAUUUGAGAGUGCACACUGGAGAAAAAUUUUACAAGUGUGAAAUUUGUUUUAAGCAAUUUAAUCAAGCAGGUAAUUUGAAAGCACAUUUGAACGUGCACACUGGAGAAAAACCUCACAAGUGUGAAAUUUGUUUUAAGCAGUUCUCUCGCGAAUGUUUUUUGAAAAAACAUUUGAGAAUGCACGCUGGGGAAAAACCAUACAAGUGUGAAAUUUGUUUUAAGCAAUUUAGUGAAGCAAGUACUUUGAGAAAUCAUUUGAGAGUACACACUGGGGAAAAACCUUACAAGUGUGAAAUUUGUUUUAAACAAUUUAGUCAAGCAAGUACUUUGAAAAAUCAUUUGAGAGUGCACACUGGGGAAAAACCAUACAAGUGUGAAAUUUGUUUUAAGCAAUUAAGUCGAGCAGGUCAUUUGAAAACACAUAUGAGAGUGCACACUGGGGAAAAACCUCACAAGUGUGAAAUUUGUUUUAAGCAAUUUAAUCAAGCAAGUGCGUUGAAAAAACAUCUGAAGGUGCACACUGGGGAAAAACCUUACAAGUGUGAAAUUUGUUUUAAGCAAUUUAGUGAAGCAAGUACUUUGAAAAAUCAUUUGAGAGUGCACACUGGGGAAAAACCAUACAAGUGUGAGAUUUGUUUUAAACAAUUUAGUCAGGCAGGUGAUUUGAAAAUGCAUUUGAGAGUGCACACUGGAGAAAAAGCACACAAGUGUGAAAUUUGUUUUAAGCGAUUUAAUAAAGCAGGUAAUUUGAAAAUUCAUUUGAGAGUGCACACUGGGGAAAAACCAUACAAGUGUGAGAUUUGUUUUAAACAAUUUAGCCAGGCAGGUGAUUUGAAAAGGCAUUUGAGAGUGCAAACUGGAGAAAAAACAUACAAGUGUGAAAUUAGUUUUAAGCAAUUUACUAAAGCAUGUGAUUUGAAAACACAUUUGACAGUGCACACUGGGGAAAACCCAUACAAAUGUGAAAUUUGUUUUAAGCAAUUUAGCCAGGCAGGUGAUUUGAAAAGGCAUUUUAGAGUGCACACUGGAGAAAAAGCAUACAAGUGUGAAAUUUGUUUUAAGCAAUUUAGUGAAGCAGGUAGUUUGAAAAAUCAUUUCAGAGUGCACACUAGAGAAAAAUCUUAAAGUAGAAGCAGUAUAGGAAGAAGACGCAUCUCCUGGCUGAGGAACUUUAGAGAACGGUUUAACUGUAGUUCAUUACAACUGUUCAGAGCAGCAGCCAACAAAAUGACCAUAGCCACUAUGAUAUCCAAACUCCGAUAGGAGAUGAAACUUUAAGAAGAAGAAAAAGCAUUUAAAUCAAAGCGAACACGAACGAAUUAUUUUGCUUGUUUUCGAUUCAGAGGGAUGCACACCCGCUGGACAGGCUGUUUCUACCAUUGCAGGCGUCAUCAGCAGCGUUCGUUAGCGUGUACUCUUCUGAAUCGAAAAACAGCCGGACCAUCAAUUUAAAGGGAAUCUGAAAGAUAAUUCAAAAUCCCCAUUAGGACGCGAUACAGCGACAUCUCUUAACAAAUUGAAGAGUCUCGGAUGCAGAAUCCACCAAAAAUGGUAAAUAGUUAUUUAAAUCUGAGACUAUUCGUGUUGAAAGUUCUUUCUGGUACAUCCUUAAUCUGCGACUUUUUCAAUUAAUAAGACCGCAGACGACGAAUAUAGAAAAGGAAACGAUCACACUCCGUUUUCAUUCGUCUAGGAAAAAAGGACAGAAGAGGAACUUUCAGUACUCAAAUCCGAGUAAAGAUAGAAAAAUAAUAAAUGAUGGUUUUGCUUGUUUUUGAUUCAGAGGGAUGCACACCCGCUGGACAGGCUGUUUCUACCAUUGCAGGCGUCAUCAGCAGCGUUCGUUAGCGUGCACUCCUCUGAACCGAAAAACAGCCGGACCAUCAAGUGUCCGGAGUGCACGCUAACGAACGCUGCUGAUGACGUCUGAAAUGGUAGAAACAGCCUGUCCAGCGGGCGUGCAUCCCUCUGAAUCGAAAACAAGCAAAACCAUAAUUUAUUAUUUUUCUAUCUUUACUCGGAUUUGAGUACUGAAAGUUCCUCUUCUGUCCUUUUUUCCUAGACGAAUGAAAACGGAGUGUGAUCGUUUCCUUUUCUAUAUUCGUCGUCUGCGGUCUUAUUAAUUGAAAAAGUCGCAGAUUAAGGAUGUACCAGAAAGAACUUUCAACACGAAUAGUCUCAGAUUUAAAUAACUAUUUACCAUUUUUAGUGGACUCUGCAUCUGAGACUCUUCAAUAGGGAACUUGCAUAAAAUUUAAAAUUGGAAAAAAAAUGUUAUAAAUCACAACAGAACAUAAUUUAAAACAUGUAUCAAUGAUAAAAAAGUUUUGUUUGUCUUUCUUUUUUCCCCUAAAGACGAUUAAAAAUUCAAAUUAUUUCAGCCAGCAAAAAACGCGUCGUGACGUCAUAUGGUUUUGCAUUUACAUUUUACACCAAAAAGUAAACAAAAUUAAUUAGACAUUAUAAACGUCAGUAAAAAAUACAGUUAUGUGACGUUAAAAGUUUUUUUGUUCGUUUGAACUAUUCAUAGAAAAUUUUUACUUUUACAAAAUGGUUUUAUUUUCAAUAGUAAACCUUCUUUUCUUUCCUUCAAAAACUGUAUUAAACUCCAAUCUCAACAAACCUGUAUAUAUUAUUACAACGACAUACGAUAAAUGUCAUUAGAAUAUAAAUAUUUUUCCUUUAUUACCCUACGACGAGCUGGCCAAAUACCCAAGUAGGUGGAGGCCAAUAAACUAAAGAAGGAAAAGAAAAAUAUAUCUAAAUAUAACGCUGUGUCUAGGUACACGCUAACGUGUACGCAAAUAAAAAAGUUAGUGUCGGAUGCCCGAUUUCACCAACUAUACCUAAACAGUUGCCUUAUUAAGGCUCGGUUGUACAAUCGAAGUUCAACUCCGGUUCAGCGCCAUUACCGAGUUCAGGGUAAGAAGUGCAUUGUACAUACAAAGUUUAAUUCUCAGGGUUGCCAGACCGAUUUAUACAAUUCCCCCAAAAAUGACAUUUUUUUAAAAAAACCACCCAAAAUUCUUUGCUAUUUCUUCUUCUUUUUUCUGAGCUGUCAUCUGUCAUUUCUUUUUUUGGGCUGUCAUCUGUCAUUUUUUUCUUCUUUUUUGGCUGUCAAGUGUCAUUUUACCAGUGUAGAAUUUUAGUAGAUUUUAUACAAUAUAUUAUAAAUCUGCCAUUUACAUAUCUUACAAAAUGAUUUUGGGUCAUCUUCUGAUACAGGACCAAUCCAUUAUAUAUAAAAUAAUUAAUUAUUAAUGACCCUCACCAUUAAAAUUCUAUUAAACAGAUUACCUUUCUUUAAGUUCAGCAUCCGAUUCCCAAGCAAGUCGGUAUACGGUAUACUCCUUUUCUUUAGGCAUAUUUUUAGAUUAACACAUCUACAAACACUAAUUUGAAUAAAUUAUGCGUAUUAUUGAACACACCAGAAAUAUAACCUUCUUCAAAGUUAAUUCUAAUUCUAGAAAAGUAAAUAAAGUUAAACAAUAGGAGAUACGAUUUUCUGUGUUUCACUUGUUUCAACCAAAUUUUGUUGUGUGGCUAUUGAAGAAAACUGUAAUGCUUUACAAAAUAAGUUAAGUAGUUUGAACUAGAUGGCAGAAUCGACUGUAGAUGAAUUUAUAUUCAAAGAUUUUUGUGAAUCACAGUUUAACUUGAAAUUCAAAAUCGGCCAAGCAAUGGAAUGUGUUCUUAAAAUUAUACCCCAAAAAACCCCAAUGCGAAAAAAUUUUCCUCCAAAAAAUCCCCCAUGCAGUGUAUACCCCCAAACAAGAAAAAUACCCCAAAUUUGGGGGAAAUUCCUCCAAUCUGGCAACCCUGUCAAAAUAGCAUGUAUUUACCAAAAUAUACAGUCACUGCGUACGUUAAAUAAUGAUGUCACUGGCUUGAUGAAGUUUAAUUCGCGUGUAUGUACCUAACUUUUUUAUUUGCGUACACGUUAGCGUUUACCUAGACAUAGCGAAAUAUAACCAUAAUAAUAACUAAUGUAAAACUAGGUGACGUCACGGGCCGUUCGAACUACUUUAAAAUACCGAAGACUUUAAAUUUGUACUUCUAAGUUAUUAUGAGGUUUUGAAGCGUGAAAUUUUGGAAAUCUCAUUUUUAUACAAAACUGAACAUUAUUAUGUAAUAAAAAAAAAUGUGCAAGUUCCCUAUUUACGAACGAAUUCGUUCGUUAACAUUAUUGUAUUUGCACAGUGAAUCGAGCACGACCGAACGAAUUCGUUCGCAUUCGCGCAUGUUCCAAUCGAUGUCGGUAAGUUAGCGAAAGCGAAUCAUCAAAGUAAAUCGUUGUUCAGUGUUCAAUAUUCAAUUCAAUGUGAAAAGUGGGACAGACGGUAGCGAACGAAUUCGUUGAGAAGUACGGAUUUAAUUUAUUUACAAAAAUUAGUUUGAGAUGGUUGUUUAUUGUGUAGUCGUGAUAACAAAAUUUUGCACCAUGGAAUGGACCAAUGAAAAGAUACUUCAAUUAAUUGAGUUAUAUAGAAAUAAAGAAUGCAUAUGAAACCCAAAAUCGAAGGUAUAUAAAAUAAUAAAGAGAAAAAGUGAUGCUUGGAAUAACAUUUCUACACAAAUGGGUUGUGAUGUCUUUGAACUAAAACAAAAAUGAAUUCGCUUCUGGCAUCAUUUAGACGAGAAAGACAAAAAGAGGGCUCUUCAAAAACGCCAGGCAGUGGUACCGACGUACCUAAUUUAUAAUUCUAAAAUAAGUGGUUUGCUUUUAAAAACUAUGUUUUUAUUGGAUAAAUUUCAUUUUCAUAAAA